UCUCUCGCAAGUGAGCGUGUCAGUGCACUCGAUCGUGAGAGCUAGCGAGGCGGCAGCACGUACACAGUAGACCAGCAAUGGCGGCCUCCGAAUCCGAUCAGCAAGGCGCGGGCAGGCACGGGGCGCCGCCGCCGGCGUUCGACGAGGUCCGUUGGGUGGUCCAGAUCCGGCAGUCCCUGGAGGAGGGCGCCCCCGGGGGCGGCGACGACGACGACACCGGCAUCCCGGUGUCCGUCUUCAACGUGCCCAAGGCGCUGCGGGCGCACAAGCCGGAGGCCUACACGCCCCAGCUCAUCGCGCUCGGGCCCUACCACCACUGGCGCCCCGAGCUGUACGAGAUGGAACGCUACAAGCUCGCCGCGGCGCGCCGCGCGCAGAGGCUGCUCCGGCCGGGGGCCGUCAGGCUCGACGGCCUCGUCGACCAGUUCAGGGGGCUCGAGCGCAGGGUCCGCGCCCACUACCACCGGUACCUCGACUUCGGCGGCGAGACGCUCGCGUGGAUGAUGCUCGUCGACGGCGCGUUCCUGCUCGAGUUCCUGCAGGUCUACGCCGCCGCCGCGGCCAACGAGGGGGAGGUCGCCAGCGACGGCGGAAAGGCGCUGCGGAGGGUGUCGUCGAGGAUGCAGCACCUCGUCGACUUCGCCGGGAGGAAGUCGGCGCACAACCUCAUCCUCCGCGACAUGCUCAUGCUCGAGAACCAGGUCCCGCUCUUCCUGCUCCGCAGGAUCCUCGAGCCGCAGUGCGCGUCGGCCGACGAGGCUGCCGGGCUGCUCGCGCGGAUGGUCACCGGGCUCGUGAAGGAGCUCUGCCCGUUCAAGAUGAUGGAGAACUUCCCGGCGGUCGACGUCGGCAAGCACGCGCACGUGCUCGAGGCGCUCUACUACCUGCUCGUGCCGAAGCCGGCCGAGGAACACGCCGCGGAGGCCGACGACAACGGCAACCACCACGACGAGGGGUACGACAUCGAGGAGCAGCUGGUGGACGGCGCCGGCGGCGAGGAGGAGCAGAAACCAGCCGCCGGCUGGGAAUACGUCAAGCAGCUGCUCCUCACCAUGGGGGGAAUGGCAUCGAGCGGCCGGAUGCGCUACGUGACGAAGCCGAUCGCGUUCGUUAUCAAGGCGCCGUGGAAGAUGCUCACCGUCGUACCGGGCAUCUCGGCGAUGAAGCAACCCGUCGAGGCAUUCUUCAUGUCCGGCGGCGACGGGAGUACCGGCCCCCGCGACCCGAACGGCGCGGGGUACCUGACCCGGCCCCCACUGAUCGAGGAGAUCAUGGUCCCCUCGGUGUCCGAGCUGGUCAACGUCGGCAUCCAGUUCUCCCCGACCGCCGGCGACCUAUCCACCAUCGCCUUCGACCUCAAGACGGUGACCUUCCACCUCCCCGUGGUGACCCUGGACUCCAACACGGAGGUGGUGCUCCGGAACCUGGUCGCCUACGAGGCGGCGUCGGCGUCGGGCCCGCUGGUGCUGGCCCGGUACACGGAGCUGAUGAACGGCAUCAUCGACACCGACGAAGACGUAGCGCUCCUGCGGCGGCGCGGGGUGGUGCUGAACCGGAUGAAGAGCGACGGCGAGGUCGCCAAGCUGUGGAACGGGAUGUCGCGGUCGGUGCGGCUCACCAAGGUGGCGUUCGUGGACAGGGCCGUCGAGGAGGUGAACCGCUACUACAACUCGCGGUGGCGCGUGAAGACGAAGCGGUUCAUGCGCAAGUACGUGUUCAGCUCGUGGCAGGUCCUCACCUUCCUCGCCGCCAUCAUGAUGCUGCUGCUCACCACGCUGCAAGCUUUCUGCUCCGUCUACACCUGCUCGCGGUGGUUCGGCGCCGUCACCGUCGCGACGGCGGAGUGAUUACCGAUCAGAUUUUUGGGCGACUUUCUUGAUCUGGAUACGCGACAUGAUUUGCAUGGGUUUGGUUUGGCUGGAAAUGGCACCGGUAUACAGUUGUUGGAUAAUGUGGUUGGGCAUUUUUCUUUUUCCUUUGGUUGUUGUUCUGAAGUGUAAAGUACUAAGGUGAUUGGUUGUGAUUUGUGAUACUAAUAAAACUUGCACAUUUAGCGCCAUUGGUUUGACACUA